AUGGCAGACUACUGUUACGGCGAGAUGUCCGCGCGGGCACGUGUGCAAGUUUUUGAUGUAGAAGUGCAUAGCACAUCCGGUGAGUCAGAUGAUGACCCGGGGACUGGUAUUUAUGAGGAAGAUGUUCUUUGCACGUCCAGUGAGUCCGAGGAUGACUCUGAUUUCGAUGAUCGUGACGAGAGCCCACCCUGCCCACCAUUCACGCCGGAAUCCCCACGGGAUGGCGAGGAUCUGGUGGACGAUGUGGCGUCUCUCCUGGAUGGCAAAGGCAUCGGCAAUGUGCUCGGUGGAGAGGCCGCGCUUUCGAUCAUGGGCGUGCCCCUCAUCCCUCACUUCACCGCGUUCAUCAUUCCGGAUGGGCAAAUCGACCAGGCGGCCCAGGUGCUCCGUGACGCCCAGUACCCCGCCUGCAAGGAUCUGGACCAGUUCGCCGCCAACCCCACCAAUACCAAAUCCCGCAUCCGCUGUCAUGCGUUGACCGGGGGCGCCACUCGCAGCUGGCCCAUCCCGGCCCAUCACUUCCACACCGACGAUCGCUACCCUGCGGACCGCAAGGACCGCAACCAGACCCGCGGCGUCUUCCUCUAUUGCGCGUCGCAGAUGCUGGCCCCGGGCUUUCCCAUGCCCCCCGCUGGGCCUCCGCCGCCCGAGGACCCCUUUUACAUGGCCACUUCCGAUGCGCGGCUCUACAGGCCAUCGUUGUGGGGCGGCCGGGUGAUGCUGAACUGCCGGGGCCGGCGGAAUAAGAAGUCCUACCCGGUCAAAAUCCUCCACCCGGCGCGGUAUAUGGAGAAUCUGGUCUACCUGAUGGUCCGCGACAUUGGGUACCUCGUCUGCAACGGGUGGCAAGCCGAGCUGAAAUGUAUGUUGUCGUUCAGUCCGCUCUUGCCGAGUGCGAACCUAGCGCUGGCCGCGAUCGAUGUCGAGCUCGAGGACGUACAGGAUGGGCCGAUCCGGGACUGGCUUGGGCUGCACCAGAUAUGGGACAAUAAUGAGGCGGCCAUCUGCGUUCGGUUCGCGGCUCUUCACCGGCAUUGGAAGAAGUCGGGCCUACUGGGUGAACCCCUGAUGACUCCCCGGGAAGCGAAGGGUGUCUCGCCGAGAGACAUUGAGAAGUGCCUCAGGAACAUGGAAGAGGGGAAACCCCCAAGCCUGGCUCGUGAGGAGUCCGGCUGGACUUGUCAAUUGAUGUAG